ACGUGUAUUAUUUUGCCGCAAAGAACUUUUCGGACACACAGCUACGUACGUUCUGUGGGUGGAAUCGUAAAUCGGCCGAAAACGGGUCGAAAUUCGUGUGUGAAUUGUCGUUCUAGUGUUUAACUGUGUGCAGUCAAUUAAUUAAGCGGAGAUCACCAUGAAGGUGAAGGAGCUGCAGAAGAUGGUGAAUGUGGCGUGGUCGCCGGCCCAGCAGGCCCCGAUCAUGCUGGCCGCCGGUACGGCCGCACAGCAGCUGGACGCAUCGUUCAGCACGACGGCCGCCCUGGAGCUGUACUCGAUCAAUCUGGCCGAUCCGAGCUACGAUCUGGAGCUGAAGGGCAGCCAGCCGAGCACACACCGCUUCCACAAGCUGCUCUGGUCCCCGCUGGCGCCCGCUGGUGGCGGCGAGCCGGCGGCGACGACCGGCGCUAGCCCCAGCGGGCUGAUCACCGGCGGCUGCGAGAGUGGCGUGCUGCAGGUGUACAACGUGGCCCAGCUGUUAGCGGGACAGAACGCGCUGGUCGCGCAGCAGGAAAAGCACCAGGGCGCGGUCCGCAGCCUCGACUACAACCCCUUCCAGCACAAUCUGGUCGCGAGCGGUGCCUCGGAGUCGGAAAUUUUCAUCUGGGAUCUCAACAACACGGCCGUACCGAUGAGCCCGGGCGCCAAGGUGACGCCGCACGAGGACGUGCAGGGGCUGGCGUGGAACCGGCAGGUGCAGCACAUACUCGCGUCCGUGUUUCCGUCGCGCUGCGUGAUCUGGGAUCUGCGCAAGAACGAGCCGAUCAUCAAGCUGAGCGACACGCAGUCGCGCAUCCGCUGGCGGGUCGCCCAGUGGCACCCGGAGGUGGCGACGCAGCUGUGGCUCGCCAGCGAGGAGGACCAGUCGCCGACGGUGCAGCUGUGGGAUCUGCGGUACGCGACCGCACCGGCCAAAACGUUCCAGAUACACCAUCGGGGCGUGCUCGGGCUGACCUGGUGCCCGAAGGAUCACGAUCUGGUGGCGUCGUGCGGGAAGGACAACCGCAUCAUCUGCUGGAACCAGAACACGGAGGACCCGAACGGCGAGAUACUGUCCGAGCUGGCGACGACGAACCAGUGGAACUUCGAUGUGGCCUGGUGUCCCCGCAAUCCGGCCCUGCUGGCCGGCUCGAGCUUCGACGGGAACGUGACGAUCUACUCGAUACACGGCGGCGUGCACCAGCAGGUGCAGACGAGCAACAAGAUUGCCGACUCGUUCCCGGGCAUGGAGCACAUUGGGCACGAGCCGAGCCAAUCGGUGCCGGUACAGUCGCACGGUCCGGUGGCGAACGAUCUGAAGCGCCCGCCGCGCUGGAUGAGGAGGCCGGCCGGUGCCUGCUUUGGGUUCGGUGGAAAACUAGUCACCUUCAAUGGGGCGAGCCGCACGGUGACGAUCAAUCAGGUCAUUACCGAUCCGGAGCUGGUGGAACGGUCCAACCAGCUCGAGCGGGUGCUAAGCGAGGGCAACUUUGCCGACUACUGCCGGCAGAAGGCGGACCAAACGAACGAUCAGCAUUCCCGGUUCAUGUGGUACUUCCUGAAGGCAAACUUUGAGGAUGAUCCGCACGCGGAAAUGCUCAAUCUGCUUGGCUACCAGGCAGACGAUACGGCCAAUAAGUUUAAAAAGUACGUCGUCGAUGGACCGAAGGGAGACGAAUCGAACCCGGUCGAUGGGCUGACCGAUCAGAUGGCCGGUCUUAGUCGGAAUUAUUCAACCGAAACGGAAACCAGUACGGACGAUAGUACUGAUCUAUCGAUGACGGAUAAUAACGCUGUGUUCGACGCGAUUGCCGCCGGCAAUCAGGCAACGGAUGGGCAGAACGCCUCCACCACCAGCAAACAGAACGGCACCGGUGGUGGUGAAAUUCCGUACAAAAUCCGUACCGGUCAGGAUAAGGAGGGUUUGAUUUGUGAGGCACUGCUCACCGGCAACCUGGAGGCAGCGAUCGAGCUGUGCAUGCAGACGGGCAAGACAAGCGAAGCGUUGAUCCUCGCCAUGAACAGUGGUUCGGAUUUGCUGGCCAAGGUACAGUACCGCUACCUGCGGGACAACGAAAACUAUCUGUCCAACCUGAUCUCCGCGCUGGUGCUGUGCGAUUGGACCGGUGUCGUGACGCAGUGCACGAUCGACUCGUGGAAGGAGGCGCUGGUGGCCGCCAUCACGCACUGCAAGCACCAGCUGCCGCUGCUCUGCGAACGGUUGGGCGAGCGGCUGCAGGGGGAAGCGGUCAGCAAUGCCGAUCUGGCCCGGAAUGCCAUUCUGUGCUACAUUUGUGCCGGCAGCACUGAGCGGCUGGUCGAAGCGUGGCAGCUGUCGAAGGGCGGUCAGCCGAGCAGCGACCCGGCGACCGGUGAGGAUGAGCUGGAUAAGAACAACAACAGCAACCGGGACCUGCAGGAGCUGGUGGAGGUGUCGAUGCUGCUGCAAAAGGCGCUGGAGAAGCAGGGCCGCUCGGCACCGGCUGUCGGCAAGCUGGCCGAUCUGUUGUCGCAGUACGCAAGGUUGCUGGCGGCGCAGGGUUCGCUACCAUCUGCGCUAACGUAUCUGGGCAAUUCGACCGACCCGGAGAUGGAAGAGCUUCGGGAGCGUCUCUAUUACGCCCUUGGACACAAAACUUACACGCCGGCUGCAUCGACAAGACCACAGUACGCUUCCCAGCAGCAGCAGCAGCAGCAGCAACAGCCACCCUUCAAUCCAAUGUUCCCCACGAUCGGCCAAGCGGCCAAGAUGAAGGCGUACGGUCAAUCGAUGCCGCCAGCCCCGAUGCCAACGCUCAAUCCGGUGUCCACGAUGCCCCAGCAGCCGAGCUGGUCCACCUCACCGUUCCAGCAGCCGCCGAUGGGUAUGCCCCCGGCAGCGGCCCCUGUUGCACCGCCACCGCUAGCCUCGAAACCGCCCGUUGGGCCACCGCCACCGGCCACCGGGAACGAUCUUUCGCAACCUCCGCGACCCUCCAGCGUUAGCUCGCAGUCGGGCGGCGGCACUCUAAGCCGCGCCAAGUACGUGCUCGAUCCGUCGGUCACGUCCGGUCCGAACUAUGGCCAAACGAACGCAAACUUCUACAACCCGAUGGCUUACCAGCCCCAGCAGCCCGCCAGCAAUGCACCGGCGCAGCCACCGAGCUUCUACAAUCCGGCCCAGGCGGCGCAGAACAACAACUUUAAACCGUUUACACCGGCACCGCUAGUACAGGCGUCACCAUAUCUUCCCGGUGUGUCUCCGCUGGACGUUACGCAGCAGCAGCAACAACAGCAGCCCGGCAUGGGAUAUCCACCACCGCCGUCGCAAGCUGCCGGCCCUCCAAUGGGCAACGUGCAGAGGAAUCCGACGCCACCACCUGGCUGGAACGAUCCGCCAGCGCUGAAGAGCUCUAGCAGACCUCAGUAUUGCGAGCAGUACGAAAUGUCCGCCGUCCAUGCCGGCACCAGACGAUGGCGCCGCAUUAUCGAAUCGCACACGAACGAUCAUUCGAACCGUUCCUCGCCGCAGCCCAAGGCGGAACCGAGCAUUAUGGCACCGAUCACGUCACCACUGCCGGGCGGUUUGGCCCCAUCGAACGGUUACCCCGAUCCGAACAGUAACUACAUGCAGGGCAACACCGGUCAGCAGUACAUGGCAGCACCACAGCAGCCCACCGCCACCAUGUACAACCCGGCGAUGGGGAUGGGUGGCCAACAGCCGCCGGUAGCACCGCCCCAGUCGACGAUCAACUAUCAAAACUUCCAGCCAACGCUAGCACCAUCCACGUACCAGCAGCCGACGUUGGUCGGCACGGGCCAGACGGGUGUCGUUGGUGGCGGCGUGUAUUAUCCGGGCGCACAGCCGAUGGAUGGUGGUGCGAUGCAGCAGCAGCAACAGCCACCCGUUGCAGCACCGGCCGCACCGGAACCACCGAAGCAAAAGCCACCGCUACCGGAGCAGUACGUGUUCAUGCAGACAGUAUUCGAGGAGCUGAAGAAGCAGUGCGUCGCAUCGGCAGGCAAUCCGCAAACGAAACGGAAGCUGGAAGAUGUCUCGAAACGGCUCGAAAUGUUGUACGAUUUGCUGCGAGAGAAUCGGCUCUCGCAAAACACUCUCAACUCGCUGAACCAGCUGGUGGCCCUGGUACAGGCUGGCGACUACGCCAACGGUAUCGGGCUCCACACGCAGAUGGUGUCCGGGCCGGACUUUGCCCAGAUCGCCAGCUUCAUGCCCGGCAUUAAGGUGCUGCUCCAGUCGGCGAUGCAGCUGCAGGUCUACCUCCGAUAAGGCCGUUCAGUUUAGAAAUGCAUUUUCUCUCAAUGCGCGCGCCCGCCGUAUUGCAAUACAGGGAGAUUUUCCAGGAGUUCUCAAAGCUGUGCGAUACCUUAUUGACUCUUUCCUAUUGGAAAUGAACUUUAUAAGUUGAAAAUUGGAAUCUAUGGCAUCCUUGUUGAACAAAUCCAAUAGGAGAUUUCAAGGAACCUGUCCUAUAAGGGUGCCAUAGAGUCAAAUUUUCAAACGUAUGAAGUUCAUUUCCAAUAAGAAUCAAGGAAGUGUCCCACAACUAUAGGAAUCCCUGGAAAACCCUGUAAUUGUUGGUGUAUUUAAUUGUUCGAUGAAAAAAAAGCGUGCGCCAUUAUCCAUUAUCGAUUCUCGCGAUCAUGAUCGUGAUGCAUCAGAUUGAUCUAUAGUAAUGCUUAUUUCUGUUUGAGGAUGGGGAGGGCAUUAGUUUAUUAUUACAAGCAAACAGAAAAAAAACAACAACAUACGUGUAUAAUCCCGUGCUCUAAUGUUUAGUUUUUGAUAACCCGAAAUGAAUAAAACCAUCUAUUUACAUUAUGCUAUGAUUAUAAUACCUAACAAAGUAUAGCGAAAAGAGUGUUACGAAACAA